AUGGAGGUGCCACUGUCUGUGGAGAUCACCGACGGGCAGCGCCUUGAGACUGAGCAGCUGCAGGAUGAGAGCAGUAUGGAUGGAGUACAGCAGAGUGGGGGGCAGGAGACAGGGGAGCAGCAGACAGGGGAGCAGCAGAUUGGAGAGCAGCAGACAGGGGAGCAGCAGAUUGGGGAGCAGCAGACAGGGGAGCCGCAGACAGGGGAGCAGGAGAUGUGGGGACUUAGAGAUGGUGGUCGUGUGUUGGUUUCUGGGACGACCACUGCACCACUGCGUCGCUCCACUCGCAUCACUCGUGGUGUCCCGCCUGUUCGAUACGCUUGGGCUGUAGUGGUUGAGCCAGCGGGCUUGGAUGACGAGGAGGAGGACGACGAGUGGACUAACCUGGACCCGGACGCAAACGCUACCAAAACUCUACCAAGUUGCUGGCGCAACAUCAUUCCCAUAGCAGAGACUCUCUCGCUAUCGCUACGCUCUCUAAUAUAUUCCUUCAUUGCUGCUGGGGGAAGUGCAGGCGUGGACGCGGCGAGUUGGGGCCGCAAGCUGCUGGAAGCGAGCGGCGGUGACCUGGACGUGGGUGGCGAGGAGGAGGAGGCGGGGGAGGCGACGGACGGGCUGGACGAGGCAGUGCGGGUGCUGCUGACGUGGAAGCAGAUCAAGAACGCGGCGAAUCAAGCGGCAAAGAGCGAGGCGGGGCAGAAGGCGGGAGGGUUGGUGAAGAAUGUGGUGAAGAAGGGCGGCAAGGAGGCGCUCACGGCUGCAGUCAACGCGUUCCGCAGUGGCAAGGGCGCCAAGGGUGCCCUGCAGGCGGGCGCUGGCUUGUUCUAUAUGCCCAGUACCUACUCUUGCACCCUCUCUUCCCUCCCCUCCCCCACAGACCCUGGAGUGACGAUCGGGAUUUUGCAAAGCAACCCACCGUUGGUGAGCCACUGGAGCGGGGGAGUCAACCUAUGGAAGCCUCCCUCACCGCUCUGCACCCUUGCAUGCUUCCUUGCCUCUCUUCCCUUCCCCGCAGCCCCUGCCAGCGGUGAUCGGGUUCCUGCAGGGAAUCACAGUGAGCCACUGGAGCUGGAGAGGAACCCCCUCAUUUCCUCAACUGCCCUUGCUCCUUUCCCCCACAGCCGCUGCCUGCCAGUGAUGGUUGGGUUCCUGCAGGGCAGCCCGGUGAGCCACUGGGAGUGGGGGAGUCAACCUGUGACAUACGCCCUCAUUGCUUUACACACCUUCUCCCCAUUCUUCCCCCUCCCCCACAGCCGCUGUUUUGAGACGCUCCUUCAAAAUCGUCUCCCUGGGGAGUGGAAGCCCGCUGCUGUCAAGCCAGGGAACAUUCUAGACUAUACUUCCCCUCCCCCAGACUAUACUUCCCCUCCCCCAGACUAUUCUUCCCCUUCCCCAGACUAUACUUCCCCUCCCCCAGACUAUACUUCCCCUCCCCCAGACUAUACUUCCCCUCCCCCAGACUAUACUUCCCCUCCCCCAGACUAUACUUCCCCUCCCCCAGACUAUACUUCCCCUCCCCCAGACUAUACUUUCCCUGCCCCAGACUAUACUUCCCCUCCCCCAGAGACGCACGACGUGCAGCGCUUCAAGAAUACAUUUGCCUUCAAGGCCUGCGCCUUCUUCAACGCCGUGCCGCUCACCUCCACCUCGCAGUUCGGCAUGCGUCUCUUCCAAGUCAAGCCCGCCCAUGCCGGCAAGAUGCUCUUCUUUGGGAGCAGUGUGGGCAAGGACUGA